AGAAGUGGCCCCACUGCAGAAGAAGUUCCAGGGAGAUGCUGCCCUCUUCAUCACUCAAGAUGAAAGUUCUUCUGAGCUUAUUUUGCAUUUCUGCCCUUCUUUCUUCCGGUGCCCCCCAGGAGUGUGAAAUAUGUUUGGCCACGGGAUAUAGUUGUAAAAGUGAAAAAGAGGAGUGUGAAAUGGAAGAGGACAUCUGUUUAAUUGAACUGACAGAGACCUCCAAAGGAGGAAAAAAUAUGUCGAUUAUAGGAAAGGGCUGCUAUUUCUCAGAAAACUGCACCUCUGCAUCUGUUUUGGUGACCUUUGGACAAGGAGAAUUCCUCAGGAAAAGUAUCCUGUGUUGCUCAGGAGAAGACUGCAGAGAAGAUUCUCUUCCAUGGCCACCGAUAAAUAUGACAGCCAAUGGGAAAUACUGCCCAGCCUGCUAUUCUGAAUCUGAGCCAUGUCCUGUGAAGACAGUCGAGUGUACUGGAUUUGAAAAUUACUGCCUGGAUUUGGCUGAGCAUAAAUAUCCAGAAAAGCACAUCACGCUGAAAGGUUGCACCACGGAGUCCAUCUGCAAUACUUUACACUCUGGAAAAACGAACUUCUUUGAUACAGAUACUGUCAAUUGCCGGCCAGCCAACCAGGUCUCUCAGCUGACAGGAUGUCUCCUCUUCACUCUCGUUGCACAUCUGCUGAUGAAAGUCCUCUUGUGAAGAAGCAGCCAUUAAAAGGUUCCUUGUUUCUCCUUCUCAGAAAGAAGAAUAUAGAACAUGGAAGUGACAGAUGUUUGAGUCUGCUCGCUCAGUUUGCUCAUUACUGA